GGAAGCAGCUGCGGCUCCCCCUCACAACACAUGCCUUCUUGCUCUGCGCCGAGGACUGAACCGCUGAACUCCUCAAACUACCUGCUUUAACCUACCUCUAUACCUUUUGACUUUCUCGCUAAUUAAACAUGGAAGACCGUGUUGCACAGUGAUCCCCGUUGAACCCUGUUUUCUCGAGGGCGAUAACUUCAAAUCUCAAGUCCUCCGAAGGAUCUGCAACCUGUCAUCACCUCUCCCAGCGAGCGUGUGUGUCGGGGCACAGCGGCACUUCUGUCACUUUGUGCUUCCAGAGCCCCCUCAGCAUCCACAAAAAAAAAAAAACACCCAAAGACCACAGGCUGCAGGAUUAGAGUGAAGAAUGGGGUCAUCUGUUGCCCUGCCGUGCCUGCUGCUUGUUCUGGGCUUAACCACUAAUGUAUGGAGCCUGAACCCGGACGACCCCAAUGUCUGCAGCCACUGGGAGAGCUACGCUGUGACUGUUCAGGAAUCCUACGCUCACCCAUUUGACCAGAUCUACUACACCAGAUGCACAGACAUCCUCAACUGGUUUAAAUGCACAAGGCACAGGAUCAGCUAUAAGACGGCUUACCGGCGGGGAGUGAGAACCAUGUAUAGGCGCCGCUCGCAGUGUUGCCCCGGUUACUUUGAGAGCGGAGACCUGUGUGUUCCUCUGUGUACAGAGGACUGUGUCCAUGGUCGCUGUGUAUCUCCUGAUACAUGCCAGUGUGAGCCUGGAUGGGGCGGACUGGACUGCUCUAGUGCAAACACAGCCAGUGGAAGAGGCUGUGAGAGUGACUACUGGGGACCUCAUUGCAGUAAUCGGUGCCAGUGCCAAAAUGGGGCUAAGUGUAACCCCAUCACAGGUGCCUGUGUCUGCACUGAUGGGUAUCAGGGAUGGCGAUGUGAGGAGCCCUGUGAGUACGGCUACUAUGGCAAGGCAUGCCAACUACCCUGCCAGUGUCUCAAUGGUGCCACCUGCAACCACGAGACAGGAGAGUGCAUCUGUGCUCCGGGAUACUCGGGGGCUUUCUGUGGAGAGCGCUGCCCCUCCGGUAGUCACGGGCCUCAGUGUGAGCAGCGCUGCCCCUGUCAGAAUGGAGGAACGUGCCACCACAUCACUGGAGAUUGUUCCUGCCCCAUCGGGUGGACGGGUUCAGUUUGUGCCCAGCCGUGCCCUCUUGGCAAGUACGGCAUCAACUGCAGCAAGGAUUGUUCCUGUCGUAAUGGUGGACUGUGCGACCACGUCACGGGGCAGUGCCAGUGCGCAGCUGGCUUUAGUGGACGCAGGUGCCAGGACGACUGUCCUGUCGGCACCUUCGGUCCGCGGUGUAACCAGAUGUGCGAGUGUCAGAAUGGAGCCAAGUGUCACCAUAUCAAUGGAGCCUGUCUGUGUGAAACAGGAUUUAAAGGCCCUAAUUGCCAAGAGAGAUUCUGUCCUCCAGGCCUAUACGGCCUCAUCUGCGACAAGUACUGCCCCUGUAAUACCACCAACACGGUGAGCUGCCACCCACUUUCUGGUAAAUGCACCUGCUCUGUGGGAUGGACAGGGCUUUACUGUAAUGAGACCUGCCCUCCUGGAUACUAUGGAGAGGGAUGCAUGCUGCCUUGUAGCUGCACCAACGGAGCUGACUGCCAUCCUGUCAAAGGCACUUGUAUAUGUGCCCCUGGGUACAUGGGUGAGGACUGUGCUACAGUGUGUCCUCCUGGUCUCUACGGACGAAGCUGCAUGUCCACCUGCUCCUGCCAUAAUCACGCUUCCUGCUCUCCAGUCGACGGCUCCUGCAUCUGCAGGGAAGGCUGGCAGGGUAUGGACUGCUCCAUCCUCUGUUCCAGCGGUACGUGGGGUCUGGGCUGUAAUCAGACAUGCUUAUGUGCCAAUGGAGCAGCAUGUGACCCUAUGGAUGGCACCUGUACAUGUUCACCUGGGUGGAGGGGAGAGCACUGUGACGAGUCCUGUCCUGACGGCACCUAUGGGUUGGAGUGUCGUGAGCGCUGUGACUGUAGCCAUGCUGAUGGUUGUGAUCCAGUGAGUGGCUACUGUCGCUGCUACCCCGGCUGGACAGGAAUCCACUGUGAUAACGUGUGCCCACAAGGCUUCUGGGGACCCAACUGUUCAGUCAGCUGUUCCUGUCAGAACGGAGGAUCCUGCUCUCCAGAGGACGGUACAUGUGUGUGUGCACCUGGCUACAGGGGGACAUCCUGCAAAAGAAUCUGCUCUCCGGGGUUCUACGGGCAUCGUUGCAGCCAGUCGUGUCCGCAGUGUGUGCACAGCACCGGGCCGUGCCAUCAUGUCACAGGCCACUGUGAGUGCCUGUCGGGCUUCUCCGGUUCUCUGUGCAACCAAGUCUGCCCAAGUGGCAGGUAUGGGAGGGUCUGCGCUGAGAUCUGCCUCUGUACCAACAACGGCACCUGCAACCCCAUCGAUGGCUCCUGCCAAUGCUUCCCUGGAUGGAUAGGAGAGGAUUGCUCUCAUGCCUGUCCUUCUGGGCACUGGGGCCCUGAUUGUCUCAACUCGUGUAACUGUCACAACGGAGCCCAGUGCAGCACCUAUGAAGGAGAGUGCAGGUGCAGCCCCGGCUGGACCGGACUCUACUGUACACAGCGCUGUCCUUCAGGGUUCUACGGCAGGGACUGCUCGGAAGUCUGUCGCUGCCAAAACGGCGCAGACUGUGACCACAUCACUGGCCUGUGUGCUUGCCGAACAGGCUUCAUUGGGACGAGCUGUGAGCAGAAGUGUCCUGCUGGUACGUUUGGAUAUGGUUGCCAGCAGCUGUGUGAGUGCCUGAACAAUGCUACCUGUGACUAUGUGACUGGAACGUGCUACUGCAGCCCCGGAUAUAAAGGCAUCCGUUGCGAUCAAGCAGCUCUGAUGAUGGAGGAGCUGAACCCGUACACCAAGAUUAGCCCAGCGCGAGGCUCUGAGCGACAGUCGGCAGGGGCCGUCAUGGGCAUCAUCUUUCUACUCCUCAUCAUCAUGGCCAUGCUCAGCCUGUUUGUGUGGUACAGACAGAGGCAGAGGGACAAAGGCCAUGAGAUCCCGCCCAGUGUGUCCUACACACAGGCGAUGCACAUCACCAACACAGACUAUUCCCUGUCUGAGUGUGGCAGUACUGUUGCGAUGAGGACCAGCGCUGCUGAGGUCAACCAGAGCCAGGGCAGCAGUGGCCAGUGCUUCUCCAACCCUAGUUACCACACUGUGGCCCAGUGUAACGUUGUCUCAACCAUCUCCAGCAACCUGGAUGGCACUCUGACCCUCAAAUCAAGCACUCUGAAAAGUCGAAAUGGCUCAGAAUGGAGAGCUUACUGCAACCUCAACGACCUCGAUGUUCAACAGGGAGAAACACAGAGAGGCUCCAAACAAGAUUACAUCAAGGGCUCCAUGUGCGGCAACAGCUCCUGCUCCCUGAAUAGUGAGAAUCCAUACGCGACCAUUAGAGACCCACCAGGGCUGGCUUGCAAGCACACAGAGAGCAGCUAUGUGGAGAUGAAGUCCCCCUCCCACCGUGAGGUGCCCUUUGGAGGCACUGCCACCCUCCUGGGCAGUGCAAGCAGGAAUGUCUAUGAUGUUGAGCCAACAGUGAGUGUCCUGCAGGGACCCAAUGGAAUGGCCACCGGCUUCUCCCAAAGCCCUUAUGACCUCCCUCGCAGCAGCCACAUCCCCAGCCACUAUGACAUACUGCCCAUGCGUCACAGCCCCACGCACACCCCCCCGCCUCCCCCAGAAAGCCCCAGCUCCCUGCUCUAGAGGGCGAAUCCUCCGUCCGGCUCUGAAAGGGUGCCGGCAUCCAGGCAACGUUCAGCCAACUUUCAACCAACGGCCCUCCCUCUGUCUCCGAGUGUGUUCAAUUAGAUACUGAGAUGUUGAGACGGAGGGACAGCCACAGCUCUUCUGGACCCUGCACUCUUUGGCUCCCUCACUUACACUUUUUCUGUGGCCCUGAAGGAGGGAGGGGAGGAAAGAGUGUCACACACACCAGCGACCAUUCACCCAUUUUAUUUUCUUAUAGGACUGAUCAUUCAAACUGCUGCCCAGCCUCUUUAUGGACCUCCUGAAGUGGAACAUAAUGGUUCCAAACAGUGCUAAGGGCAGCAUACAUGGAUUGGGCGGACAGAUUAUUUACAGGGAGAGAGCUAUGCUCACGCUCGUUUUAAGCCCAUGAUAUAGGUUUACUAUUCUGGAGCAGCCAAGGGUUUAUAAUGCCCCAUAAACGGAAGGGAUUUUCUCCACAGGGAAGGAAGGUAUGGCAACCUUGACCAUUUCAAAGCAGGUGAAGAUUUACUACAUACAGACUUCAGAGUUUAUGAAUUGUUACUGCGUGCAGCAGCUGCAGAUCACAACACAGCUGACACGAAGAGAUUAUGAUAAUUUGCUAUGACGUGAAGAAAUGUUCAGUCAAAUAGUAGAGAACUCUCUGUUCAAAAUGUUAAACAUGGAAACGCAGCUGAGAGUGAUCCAAGUCUGAUAAAGCAUGGAUAAAUCGUAAAAUAUUGUAAAGGUCCUUUUAUUCACUGUUAUCCAGUAAUGAUCACACAGUUAAAAGUAAGGCGUAACAUUUUGUGUGUAACUCCAGAGCUUCUUUUAAAUUGCAGUGUGUAAAUGAAGCCUGGUGUAUCCAGAGAUGCAUUCAGGUCACCAGUGUUUAAGCAUUAUGCCGUUACUAAGAGAUACACACAUACAAGAGGUCUCAAGUUUGGAUUUUCUCCCCACACUGAUGAGGGUAUCAGAUAUUGUGUUGUUUUCCAUGUGAAAGCAUUUUUCUUGCAAAUGUCUCAGUUUACAUUUUUGAAUUAUUGGGUGUUAAGAAGGGAUUACUUUGUCCUUUUAUGUUUUGUAUUUAUACAGCUAAUUGCUUUAUUUAUUAAUUUAUAUUAGUGAUGGUGACUUUUUAUCAAUGUGACACUAGAAUUCAAAAAAAAAGAUGAGCAUGAUCAGAUAAUGGAUACCCACUGAUGUAGAUAACACACAAUUUAUCUUCUUGUGAGAUGAUCAGUGUCAUUUUGUGUGUGUUUUUGAAGUUACUUAAAAUGUUCUUUCUCUCUCUGUCGGAUUGUAAAUUGAAAAUAAGGUUUUAUCUGAGCAAGUCAAGACCCACAAAGUAUUUACAAAAGGAACUACACUGUAUGUAAAAAGUCCAUUUCUAAAAUAUUUUCUGUUUGUAUCAGGCAAAUUAAAUUAUUUAUUAAUUGAACUGAAUUUAUUCAUUCACUAUGUGAAUUCCAUUUCACCCUCUGUAGAAGCAAUAACAUGUUGACAAUCGAUGCCCAGACAGCGAUUCAUUAGUGCUGGACAUCAUGACAUCUUUGACCGGUGUGGUGACAGUGGAUCAUAUUUUACGUGACUGUUUUUCCUCCGAGGAAGAUUUUUUUCCAGUUGCUGUCAUAUCAAUGCUGCUUGUUGUUUUGGUACAUAAGUUUCAAAUUAAAAGCCUAUUCUGCCAUCAGAAACAUGUUUUGGUCAGGUUAAUACCUGGAUAGAUAGAAGAGGAAUUUACGUCUUGUGUCGAGUGUUAAACAGGAUAUGUCUCUUCAUCUGUUGCUCUGAAUAUUGAAACAUUAAUGCCAAUGAAUGUUGACAAGCCUGAUGAAUGAAGGAUUCCACUCUCACAAAUAGGACAUGUUACUAAUAUCUGUUACUGGGUGCCAAAAUCUUGUCCAAAAAAAGCAUGGCCUCAUAUUUUUCUUGCUUCUUGAUUCAUGAAUAGGGACAUUUUGUCAAAGUACUCCCAUGUUAAAUAAGCUUUUCCGAGAGGUGGUCACAGGAUUUAUGCAUCGUAGGUUUCACAGUUCUGUAUAACAACUUGUAAUUUAAACAGAAUUUUAUUAUUUUGAAGUUCUGUAAAGACGUUUUCAAGAUGUCUUUUUAUUUAUUAAUCCAAUUAUAUAAUACAUAAAAAUAACAAACAUAUAUUUGCCAUGUAAAGUUAUAGUGGAAUAAUGUCUUCCCGUGCAGAUAAUUAAGUCUCUCCGUCUGUGUGUGCUGUUAUCCGAUCAUUUUCGUUCUUUGUUGACAUAGCCGGGCCGGCCGUGUGUGCUUUUAAUGCAUGUUAGUGCAUAUGAGCCUGCUUCACUCUCUAACUCACGGCCGCCAUACUGCACUGCUCGCAUACAGUGGUUACAGCUGAUAACGCCGUCCUGACUGACGGCUGUGUUGCUUAAACGUAGCACCAACCCUCCGGUUCCCCCUCAGGUAAACACUGUUUGUUUAGCUCUGUCAGCACAUUUGUUGUUUGCACUGUUAGCUGAGAGCCGCCGACUCAGCUGUCAUCAUGUUGAGAGGUAGUAGAUUUGCUCCCAAUUUCGCUUUCAGCACCUUUAAGUAAAAUUCUGAAUGCUGGACUUUUACUGGCAAUGCAGUAUUUCUACACAUUGGUACAGCUACUUUUUCUUAAAGGAUCUGAAUAGGCUUCUUCUUUGACCACUGCACAGGCAUCACCACCAAUGUUGCAUUUCAAAUAAACAUAGUGCUGACAGUGUGAGGGAAUUCAGCACAGUUUUUUUGCAUAAUUUAGCUUAAAUAAAGGCUAUGAUUGAAGGUUUCAAGCCCGUUUCACCUCUGACCUGUAACCUACAUCACUGCAGCAAGGUGAGUAUGAAAACAUACAUAUUAUGCAGUUACAACAAUGCGUCUGUAACGUGAACCACAGUAACGCGUAGUAAGAAGCAGCCUUUCCGAGCACCACACAUGACAGACAUGCCGCCCAGCUGACAGCCAACAAGCCCUGAGUGAUGCCACACUGCAAGGAAAUG